CAGAGAUCAUCCCCCGGGUCGCUCUCUCCUUCUCUCUCUCAUUUUCUUGCUCUGUUUUUCUAGAACUAGAGCAUGGCAAUCCUCAUCUUCGCAUUUCUCUUUCUACUAUCAUUCUCUUCACCUUCAGAGGGAGGUGGUUCAGUUGCAGUCAACUAUGGGCGCAUUGCGAAUGAUCUCCCACAACCAGCCCAAGUGGUGGAGCUUCUCAAGGCACAAGGGAUCAAUAAAGUGAAACUUUUCGACGCCGACUCUACGGUCCUCACUGCCCUCGCUAACUCCGGCGUAAGCGUCGUCGUUGCACUUCCUAAUGAACUCCUCUCCUCAGCCGCCGCCACAGAUGGAUCCUUCUCCGAAAAAUGGGUCCAAACUAACAUCGCCCAGUAUCACCCCAGCACUCAAAUCGAAGCCAUUGCCGUUGGCAACGAAGUCUUCGUCGACCCCAAUAACACAACUCAGUUCUUGGUGCCCGCCAUGAACAAUGUUUACAAAUCACUCGUGAAACACAACCUCUCAUCCAUCAAAAUCUCUUCUCCCGUAGCGCUCAGUGCUCUGAAUUCUUCUUACCCACCCUCAGCUGGGGUGUUCAAGCCUGAGUUAAUUGAAACGGUGAUGAAGCCCAUGUUGGAAUUUCUCCGCAAGACCUCAUCGUAUCUCAUGGUUAAUGCGUACCCGUUCUUCGCCUACUCUGCCAACUCCGACGUUAUUUCCCUCGACUACGCUCUCUUCAGGGCCGUGAACGCCAACGUGACCGAUCCUGGUAACGGGUUGAGCUACUCCAGCCUCUUCGAAGCCCAACUCGACGCCGUUUAUGCAGCCAUGUCCAAUAUCCAAUACAACGACAUUCCGGUGGUGGUGACCGAGACUGGCUGGCCUUCCAAGGGCGACGAGAACGAAAUCGGAGCCAGCACAGACAACGCCGCCGCAUACAACGGUAAUCUCAUCAAACGAGUGCUCACCGGCGGUGGCACUCCGUUGCGGCCAAACGAACCACUCAACGUUUACCUAUUUGCGCUGUUCAACGAGAACCAAAAAACAGGUCCCACAUCGGAGAGAAACUAUGGCUUGUUCUAUCCGAACAAAGAGAAGGUUUAUAAUAUUCCAUUAACCAUGGAGGCUUUGAAGGCUCCUGGGUCAACGCCGAAUAACGGUAGCAAGGUUCAGGUGACUUCACCUCCAACGGCUUCCGGAGAAGUAACCACUGCAGCGGUGGGGCAAACGUGGUGCGUGGCGAACGGCGAGGCUGGGGCAGAGAAGUUGCAGGCGGGGCUUGACUACGCUUGCGGAGAGGGCGGGGCUGACUGCCGUCCAAUUCAGAAAGGCUCCACGUGUUAUAAUCCUAACACCCUCGAGGCACACGCUUCGUAUGCCUUCAACAGCUACUAUCAGAAGAACACACGUGGCGCUGGGACGUGUAAUUUUGGUGGUGCGGCACACGUGGUCACGCAAACUCCUAAAUUUGGGAAUUGUGAGUUCCCAACAGGGUACUAGUGAGUUUGGCGAAAUUGAGGUUGGAGGGGAGGCUAUAGCCUCCUUUUCCUUUUUUAUUUUUUUAUAUUUUUUUUUCUUUUUUUAAUUAGUAGUAUAUUUGAUUGGAGCAGCAGUAGGAUAAUAUUUUUUUAUAUGUAUUUAUGAUUAAUUCUAUUGUGGGUAGAUACGGUGGAUUGUCAGCUAGUUGACUGUUGCGUCUUGUAAUUAAAGGUCCGAUGGGUAUUUCUUUAUAUGAUAUUAUAUGGUUCUCCUAA